AGUUCAUUCAGUUAGCAAAGAACUUCGAGGAGUGUCGGUGCAAAUGGCAGAGAGCAGAGCAGGAGCUGGGCAGGUACAAGGACCUGCUGAUGAAGGCCGAGGCCGAGCGCGGUGCCCUGGACGUGAAGCUCAAACACGCUCGGAACCAGGUGGACGUGGAGAUCAAACGCAGGCAGAAAGCUGAAAUGGACUGUGAGAAGCUGGAGAGGCAAAUCCAGCUGAUCCGGGAGCUGCUCAUGUGCGACGCGUCCGGCAGCAUCCAGCUGAGCGAGGAGCAGAAGUCAGCCCUGGCCUUCCUCAACAGGCCACAGGUUUCUCUGGGGGGUUCAGGCAACAAAAGGCUGUCUACAAUAGACGAAUCUGGCUCAAUUCUGUCAGACAUCAGCUUUGACAAGAGUGAUGAGUCACUGGACUGGGAUUCCUCCCUGGUGAAAGCUGUGAGGCUGAAGAGGAGACAGAAGCGACGUUCUUCCAGGCAGUUCAGUGAAGGUCCACCAGGUCCCCAGAAGAAAUCCAGAUCCAUUAGCUCCACAGCAGACCAGGGCAAUGAAUCCAUCGUAGCAAAGACAACUCUGAUGGUUCCCAACGAUGGUGGCCCAAUUGAAGCCAUUUCUACCAUCCAGACUGUGCCUUACCCUCGCAGCAGCCGGACAGGUCCUUUGCAGCCUUGGAACAGCGAGUCAAGCAUAAACAGUAAGCAGCUGGAACCCAAGUCAGACACUGAUGGCUUCAGCACACCACAGCACAACGGGGGAGUCAGGCUGCACGACUUUGUGUCCAAGACGGUUAUCAAGCCAGAAUCGUGUGUUCCCUGUGGAAAGAGAGUGAAGUUUGGGAAGAUCUCCCUGAAGUGCAGAGACUGUCGCGUGGUGACGCACCCCGAGUGCCGCGAGCGCUGCCCCCUGCCCUGCAUCCCCACGCUCACGGGCACCCCGGUCCGCAUCGGAGAGGGCACCUUGAUGGAUUUUGUCCCUUCUACUCCUCCAAUGAUCCCUUCCAUCCUGGUGCACUGUGUUAAUGAGAUCGAGCAGCGAGGGCUGCAUGAGACAGGCCUUUACCGCAUCUCUGGCUGUGACAAGACCGUGAGGGAACUGAAAGAGAAGUUUCUUAGAGCAAAAAACGUCCCUUUGCUCAGUAAGGUGGAUGACAUCCACGCCAUCUGUGGCCUUCUCAAGGACUUUCUGCGUAGCCUGAAGGAACCACUUCUCACUUUCCGCUUAAACAAGGCUUUCAUGGAAGCUGCAGAAAUCUCGGAUGAGGACAACAGCAUUGCUGCUACGUACCAAGCAAUUGGAGAACUUCCUCAGGCCAAUAGGGACACCUUAGCUUUCCUCAUGAUCCACCUGCAGAGGGUGGCUCAGAGCCCAGACACGAAAAUGGACAUCACUAACUUGGCCAAAGUCUUUGGCCCCACAAUAGUUGCCCACGCGGUACCUGAUCCUGACCCUGUGACUCUGCUGCAAGACACAAAGCGACAGCCCAAGGUCAUGGAGCGACUUCUGCUCCUGCCUGUGGAUUACUGGUCCCAGUUGAUGACAGUGGAGCAAGAAAACGUUGACCCAGCUCACGUGAUCGAGAACGCCAACGCCUACUCCACUCCACAGACACCUGAGGUUAAAGUGAGCAUGCUUGGACCCCUCACCACUCCAGAGCAGCAGCUCUCCAAGACACCCUCAUCCAGCUCCCUGUCCCAGAGGGUUCGCUCCACCUUCAGCAAAACCACCCCCAAGUUUGGGAGCAAAAGCAAGUCAACAACCACACUUGGGCAUCAGGGCAACUUCUUUGCCUCUCCCAUGCUGAAGUGAAGCACUGGGGCUUGGCCUUGGUGUGGCAUUUGCACUCCAACGAGCACACAAACACAGGUUGUCUCCGUGGCCCUUGGCAGCUUCUCCAAUAACAUGUUUUACCUUUUAUCUUUCAGCUUAACCAAGACUUACAAUGGGAUUUGACUGUGCAAUGUAUUUUUAUUAUCUAAGGCUGUGCUGAUGUAUAUUGGUGAAGGAAGUAAUGAGCAGAAUUUGGUCAGUGUGGAUCAUUAAAAAAACUAGAGGAACUAACUGAGGUUUUUUCACUACCAUCUGGUUUUCUCCCCACGUG